AUGAUUAACCAUUCUCUGCCAUCUGUCCAAGCCGAUGAUGAAUGGUCUCCUCUUCGGUCGGUGAUUGUGGGACGAGCAGGGAGAGCUUGCUUCCCUAAUGCUCCCACGGCGAUGAUCGAAGCAACAAUGCCCUCGCAUCACGUCCAUAAUUUUAAACCUCGACGUCCUUUCGAUCAAAAGCUAAUUACCAAAGCUGAGGCUGAACUGGACUACUUCGCCGCUAUGCUUCAGGCGGAGGGAGUUCAGGUGUACCGGCCGCCCGCGGGCGUGAACUGGCUGGAUGUUAAUGGAUAUACCGGGGCAAUGCCCCGUGAUGGGCUUAUGAGCGUCCAGAAUACGUUAAUCGAAGCCUGUUUUGCUUGGUCCUGCCGCAACCAUGAGAUUGAAAUCGCUUAUGGUACCAUUCUAGGCGAGCUGGCGCGGGACAGCCGGGUGACGAUCAUUCGCCGCCCGCCAUACACCUUGGCUGAUAGCUUGCUGGACGAGGACGGUAGUAAGUCCAGUCCGUGGGUGAUUAACAACAGCCGCCCCGCGUUCGACACAGCAGACUUUAUGCGAUUUGGCAAGACAAUUCUCGGACAACUCAGCCACGUUACAAAUCAAGCCGGCGUGGAGUACGUCCAGCGCAGCCUGCCUGCGGGAUACAAAAUAGAGAUACUCGAGGUUAAUGACCCACAUGCUAUGCAUAUCGACGCAACAAUCCUUCCGCUUCGCGAAGGGCUGCUUGUCUACAACCCGCAGAAGGUCACCGAGGAAGCACUACUAAAACAUGAGGUGCUGGCGAAUUGGGACCUACGCCCUUACCCAUUCACUCCGAAGGAGCCGGAGGAUCCGGUGCUUUAUAUGACGAGUCCAUACUUGAGUCUCAAUGCCUUAGUGUUGGACGGGAAGCGGGUCGUUGUUGAGGCUAGCGACCAGCAGACUGCGAAGUGGUACGAAUCUCUAGGGAUGAAAUGUAUCACCUGCCCCUUCAGGCAUGUCAACAGUAUCGGAGGCUCUUUUCACUGUGCCACGGUGGAUCUGGUGAGGGACAGCACGGUCAAGCACUAG